AUGGCUCCCAAGACCAUCAUUGCUCCCUCCAUUCUGUCAGCUGACUUUGCUCAGCUCGGCCAUGACUGUGCCCGUACUAUGGAGCAAGGCGCAGACUGGCUUCAUGUCGAUAUCAUGGAUGGCCACUUUGUUCCCAACAUUACGUUCGGUCCUCCUGUCGUCGCAUCCAUCCGAGGACACGUGGAUGAGCCCACAGAGGCCCAUGGCCGGGGCACCUUUGAUUGUCAUAUGAUGAUUGCAGAGCCCAAGAAAUGGGUCAAGGAGUUCAAGAAAGCUGGCUGCAACCUCUACUGCUUCCACUAUGAGGCCGCCUUCUCCAGUGCCGCCGAGAGCCCAGAGCAACAGACCGACGAGAAGACUAACCCCAAGGCUCUUAUCCGAUAUAUUCACGAUCAGGGAUUGUUGGCUGGUAUUGCUAUUAAGCCUGAUACUUCUGUCGAUGUGUUGUGGGAGAUUCUGGAGAACAGCGAUGAGAAGGAGAGACCUGAUAUGGUCCUCGUCAUGACCGUAUACCCUGGCUUUGGCGGCCAAAAGUUCAUGGCAUCAGAAUUACCCAAGGUCCAGGCCCUCCGAGAAAAGUAUCCCGAGCUCAAUAUCGAAGUCGACGGUGGCCUUGGACCCAAGACAAUCGACGAGGCUGCCGACGCUGGUGCCAACGUUAUUGUUGCAGGCAGUGCUGUCUUUGGGGCCAAGGACCCCUCCGAGGUUAUCGCCCAGUUGCGACAGGCCGUUGACGCCCGAAGUGCAAAGUAA